AUGACCGAAACGGAAACCGUAUCGACAGCGACGAGUAUGGCCACCACACUCAUCGCUCCGAUCCACUGUGUAUCCAGGACCACCAGUACGUCAAGUAUCGCUGAGAUAUUCGCCCAAGAUGGUGCCGUGAUUAUUGAAGGCUUCUUGACUGCACACCAAGUCCAACGCUUCAACGCUGAACUAGACGAGCCACUUGGAAAUCUCACCCCAGCGGGACUACUAGAAGGCGUUCCCUCAGAAGCAAGGGAGUUUCUGGGUAUCGCCACUCGCCGCCUAACGAACCUCAUCACCCUCAGUCAAACAUGGCGAGAGGAAAUCGUGAACGACGACCUCCUCCAUGCCAUUUGCGAGGAGAUCCUAACUAAAAACACUGGGGGAUACUGGCUCAGCGCGGCACAGAUGAUGGAAAUCGGCCCCUCCAACCCCAAACAGCCCUUGCACCGGGACUUUGGCAACUGGUGGCCCAACUACGACAUGCCCCCAUCCUGUCCAGAGACGAUGCUCAACUUCCUUAUCGCUACAACGGACACCACAGAGGAAAAUGGCGCCACCCGUGCCAUCCCCGGGAGUCACAAAUGGUGCUACUCGGCCAAAGACCACAACCUAGGAAAAGAGGAAGAUACCCAGGUCUGCCCCUUAAAAGCCGGCGAUUUGUUGCUCAUCGGCGGCCGAAUCGUGCACGGCGGCGGACGUAACUCCACAAAGGACUUUUAUCGACGCGUCGUUUCUCUCGUGGCCGUAGCGAACUGUUUCACCCAGGAAGAAGCAUUCGCGUUGACGGUUGAUUUGGAAAUGGUCAAGAAGAUGCCACUCAGGGUGCAGAGGUUUUUGGGCUUUCGGAGCCAAUAUCCCAAGGGGUCGCCGGGUAUUUGGACCAGGGAUACAAAGGAUAUUGGAGAGUUUAUUGGAUUGGGACCGAGUAAGGAGUGA